AUGGCCGCGGCGGCGACGCUUGUGAGCUCCGCCGGAGGGAUACUGGCGAUGCUUAACGAAAGCGAUCCGGCGCUGAAGUUGCACGCGCUCUCCAAUCUCAACGCCUUUGUUGACCGCUUCUGGCCGGAGAUUUCAUAUUCUGUCCCUAUCAUUCAAAGUUUAUAUGAAGAUGAAAAGUUUGAGCAGAGGCAGCUAGCUGCAUUUCUUCUUUCAAAGGUAUUCUAUUACCUGGGCAAACUUAAUGACUCUUUGUCAUAUGCUCUGGGAGCUGGUCCAUUAUUUGAUGUAUCUCAGGAUUCAGAUUUUGUUCGUACUGUUCUUGCCAAAGCAAUUGAUGAAUAUGUCAGCCUGAGGACCAAAGCAGCAGUAAUCGAUUCUAGACUGGAAGCAAUCGUUGAGGGAAUGCUUGACAAAUGUAUAGCAGACGGAAAAUAUAAACAAGCCAUUGGAGUGGCCAUUGAAUGCAGACGAUUGGAUAAGCUUGAGGAUGCAGUUUUAUGUUGUGCUAAUUUUGAAUCUAUCAUUAAGUAUUGCACUGAUAUUUCCCAUUCCUUUGUCAACCCAAGAGAGUAUCGACAUGAGGUCCUUCGUGUUAUUGUAAAAAUAUAUCAGCAGCUACCGUCUCCUGACUAUUUGAGUAUUUGUCAUUGCCUAAUGUUUUUAGAUGAUUCGGAGGGCAUUACGAAAAUAUUGGAGAAACUCUUACAAUCAGGAGAUGUGGAUGAUGCACUAUUGGCCUUUCAAAUAGCCUUUGAUAUUGUGGAGAAUGAGAACCAAGCAUUCCAUUUGAAGGUGCUAAAUCAGCUUUCCACGCCAAUGUUACAGCCUGAGCAAAGUGGAAAUAUACGCAGAGUGUACGCAAAAAUAAGGCAAAUUUUGUCCGGAGAGAUUUCAAUGCAUUUGUCGAUGCAUUUCUUGUCCGCUCGUAACAAAUCGGAUCUUCUCAUUAUUAAGAAAAUGCAGCAAUCUGUUGACAUGAGAUGUUAUAGCUGCCAUAGUGCGAUUAUUUACUCUAAUGCUAUUAUGCAUGCUGGGACGACUGUCUAUACAUUUCUUACAGAGAAUAUGGACUUGCUGAGUAGGGCUCGCGGUUGGGCUCAAUUUAAUGCAACGGCAGGACUUGGAGUCAUCCUCAGAGGCCAUCAACAGAAGAAGUUGGAUUCCGUUAUGGCACCUUACAUUAAACUAAGUGUUCCAGGUCCUUUCUCAAAAGGUGGAACACUUUUUGGUCUUGGUUUAAUGCAAUUGAACAGGGAAUACAUCAAAAAAAUUCUGCACGAGACACUCCGGAACACUGCUUCUGAGAAAAAGUUGCAUUUUUUUUUCUCAAAAUGGUUGCAGGUUAUUAAGUAUGGUGCUUGCUUAGGUCUUGGUUUGGCAGCAUUGGGCACUGCUGAUAAUGACGUUUUCGAAGACAUGAAAAACCUGUCGUACGGUGGUGUGGCUGUUCUUGGUGGAGCUGCUGCCAUUAGCAUGGGAUUGGUCAUGGUUGGAACUGCAACUGAGAAGGCUAAAGAAAUGCUUGCUUAUGCACACGAAAUUCAGCAUGAGGAUAUUAUUAGGGGUUUGGCAUUCGGAGUAGCGCUGACAGUUUACGGAAGAGAGGAAGAAGCUGAUUCACUCAUUGAGCAAAUGACUCGCGAUCAAGAUCUGUGCUUGCGUUAUGGUGGCAUAUAUGCUAUUGCCUUGGCGUAUAGAGGAACAUCAAACAGUAGGGCCAUACGUAAGCUGCUGCACUUUGCUGUGUCUGAUGUCAGCGAUGAUGUCAGGCGGACAGCUGUCAUUGCCCUCGGGUUUGUGCUGUAUUCUGACGCUCAACAGACUCCUCGAAUGGUUUCACUGUUGUCCAAGUCCUACGAUCCACAUGUUAGAUACGGUGCUGCAUUGGCAGUUGGGAUUUCCUGUGCAGGCAGUGGUCUUAGUGAGGCUAUAUCUUUGCUCGAGCCUUUGACUUCGGAUGCUGUUGACUUUGUUCGACAAGGUGCUCUAAUUGCAAUGGCUAUGGUGAUGCUCCAGAUAAGCGAAGCCAGUGAUUCUCGUGUCGGUGCUUUCAGGCGAAAAUUGGAAAAAAUUAUCGGUGAUAAGCACGAAGAAACGAUGAGCAUGAUGGGCGCGGUUAUAGCUUCGGGAAUUAUAGAUGCUGGUGGAAGAAAUGUGACCAUCAAGCUAAUGUCGAAGACGAAAUGUGAUAGAAUGACUGCAGUUAUUGGUCUUGCUGUGUUCAGUCAGUAUUGGUUUUGGCACCCGUUUUUAUAUUUCAUGAGUUUGGCUUUUUCGACAACUGCAUUCAUCGGUUUGAAUUACAACAUGAAAUUGCCAAAGUUUGAGUUCCUAUCGCAUGCGACGCCAUCUCUUUUCGAGUACCCUAAGCCUACUAGUGUACCUAUAACUACUCCACCCAUACAAUUACCCACCGCAAUUUUAUCCACAUCAUUAAGAGCCAGAGCUAGAGCCAGAGCCAGAGUCAAUCCUGGUAAUAAUGAAAGCGAGAUGGCAGAUUCCAUGCAGGUUGAUAGCUCCGCAGAGAAGAAAUCCGAUCCCGAGCCAAGUUUUGAAAUAUUGGACAAUCCAGCGAGGGUGGUCCCCACACAGGAAAAAUAUAUAAAAUUUCUUGAAGACAGCAGAUAUGUGCCAGUGAAGUCAGCAGCUUCAGGAAUUGUGAUUUUAAAAGAUUUGCGUAAGGAAGAAACUUGAAGAAUUCUCUGUAUUGAAUGCUUCCAUGCACCUAUCUGACGACGAUCCUGCACUCACACGACUAUCUACAUAGACAUCUUAGUAUAUAUAUAUAUACAUAUGUACUUAAUAUCCUAGUUUCGAUCGAUGGAGAAGCUUCUACAUUUUCUUUCUCGUGUUUUUUUCGGUAUGUUGUGCAACCACCGUGUAAGAAGGGCAAGGGGAAUGUAGAAUCUUCGAUUUCGAGGCUUCUAUUGUUUUUUUUUUUUUUGAAUCGAUUGUUUGGUGAUGAUUUUUGUAACGGUAGCUGUGGAUUGGGAAUCGGGUUUUGCCGGUCGAGAUUUGAAGGUUGAGAAAUAGCUAUGUAGCACCUUUGUAUAUGAGUUUCUUCUUCCUUUUUGA